GAGCAAGAGGUUGACUCCAAAGAUGCCAUUAUACUGCAUCAGUUUUCAAGGCCUAACAACGGGGUUCCAAGUCUAUCUCCUUUCUGCCUGAAAAUGGAAACUUACCUAAGGAUGGCUGAUCUACCCUACCAGAACUAUUUUGAUGGAAAACUUUCCCCUCAAGGGAAAAUGCCUUGGAUUGAAUACAAUCACAAAAAGGUGUCUGGCACUGAGUUCAUUAUUGACUUUUUGGAAGAGAAACUUGGAGUGAAUUUAAAUAAAAACCUGGGUCCACAUGAAAGAGCUGUUUCCAGAGCAGUGACAAAAAUGGUGGAGGAGCACUUCUAUUGGACGCUGGCCUACUGCCAGUGGGUGGAGAACCUCCACGAGACCCGCAAGAUGAUCUCCAUGUACGGCCCCUUCAGCGACCUGCUCAAGUGGAUCCUGUGCCACCUGACGAAGGGCAUCGUGAAGCGGGAGAUGUACGGCCACGGCAUCGGCCGCUUCUCCGAGGACGAGAUCUACGCGCUGAUGGAGAAGGACAUGCGCUCGCUCGCCGGCCUCCUGGGCGACAAGAAAUACAUUAUGGGACCAAAGCUUUCCACUGUUGAUGCCACUGUCUUUGGACACCUGGCACAGGCAAUGUGGACACUACCAGGGACUAGACCAGAGAGACUGAUCAAAGGGGAGCUGAUCAACCUUGCCAUGUACUGCGAGCGCAUCCGGAGGAAAUUCUGGCCCGAGUGGCACCACGACGACGAUAACACCCUGUAUGAGUCUGAGGAGAGCAGCGAGACGAGCAAGACCCACUCCCCCUUGCAGGACUUCAGCUUUUAUUCAAGGACAGAAACGUUUGAUGAGGAGGGGACAGAGAACAGCAUUUCUCACACUCCUGACACUGACUACACCGGACACUCGCUCUUUGAUUCCGACGUGGACAUGGACGACUGCCGAGACCAGGAACAGGGCAAGUGACUUGCAGGAGCGUCUCCCCUUUGCACAAAGACACAUCCUUUCUUGGGAUCAGGCUGGGUGAUUCCUUUUUGUUUUUCGCUCCGGGUUCUGAAGAGGUUUGUAUCAUUUUGGAAGAGAUCAUUGUGCUCGACGUGGCUGUCACGUGCUGCCCGGACUAUUCCAACCUUAUUUCAUUCUGUGUAACUGUUCGGAUGGAACUAAGGUAAAUAGUUAUUUAAAACACAUGGGAAGAACAUAUGGGAAAACUGCAGGUCCAGAGGGCAGUGGGACUUUUCAGCCUACAUUUUGCUCCCAUUACAAAACAGAUCCCCAGAUCAAGUGGGAGAAUCCUCCAAGAAGCAGAGCGUCUUUAAGAGCUGGUUUGUAUUGAGAUCCUACCCUGACACAAACAGGCUGAGGACAAAAAGGGAAAAUGAGUUACUGGCACAUCCUCUCCCUUGGAAAGAAAUAAUGGUGCAAUAUUGAUUUGGCAAAGUUUUGGGAGACUUUUAUUUGAUGGCUCCCUCUACUCUGGGUGCAUAGGCUAUUACAGAAUACAUACAGGAAAGAACUGCUGCUAAUUAUUUAUUGUGGAGACAGUUGAGAAAGGCAGGACAAGGAGGCAUGUAGCUGAAGAAGGCAGCUUUUUCAUGUUCCAUGUUAUUUGCAGAAGUUUGAAAUCUCCGUUGUUUUUAUUCAGAAGGAAAACAUCACCUUUAAUGCAUUAUCUCCCAAAUGCUCAUCUGGAAGGUGCGUUGGCCGGAGCCUCCCUGAGGCGUUCGAAUUC